UUAUUUACCGUGGGGCCAUUCAAGUCCCAGUCGCGUACGUUCGCAACAACCCCAGCAGCCUUCUGCCCUUAUUCAGUCCAACACGGCGCAACUUUGCGGUUUUGCUGUAUGCUGACUGCCUGGAUGAGUUAAGACCAGGUUCCUUCCAGUUCAACCAGUGUGGAUAUUAUCAACAUGUCUGCUCUUAAAAGCGACCAGCUUCAUCGAUCCACCUUGGGGAUUUACUCAAGCUUGAUGGAUGAGUUCAACCCGGGCCUAGAGAAACUGGUGUCACUGGGACACAGCUACGUCCGAGCGUUUCAAGCUCUGGCUGUAAAGAGCGAGGCGUACUUCACUGCACUUUCACAGAUCGGCGAGCGAGCUUUUCACACCAUGUCCUCUCGUCCCAUAGGAGAUGUUUUGAUUCAAAUUGCUGAGAGCCAAAGGAAAGUGAGCUUGGAACUGGAGGGAGUAUUCCGUGGGUUCUCUGAGGACGUUCUUCAGGAGAUGGACAAUAACGUGAGACUGGACAAAGACUACAUAUCGGGCAGCAGAAAACAAUACGAGAUGAGCGUCCACAGUCAGGCAGCAGUUAUGGACCGACAGCUAAGACGUGGAACUAACCAGGAUGAGUACAUGCAUUUCCUUCGGGAAAGCCACGGCGAGGCUCUGAAGGAGGAGGAGAGACGAUACCGCUUCCUGGCUGAGAAGCACUGUGGCCUCAUCCGGUCCUUCUCCCACCUCAUGAAUAAGCAUGGGGCUACUCUGCAGCACAAGGCGGACUCCUGGAGAGAAGAGGUGGACGCCACCAGGGGAUCACACGCUGCAAGACCCCCUGCAGUGGAUCACACUGCACUUAUUAGACAAGAGAACAAGAAGAACAGAGAAGAGCAGCCUCUCGGCAACAUACCUUCGAGGGCCCCGUCUCCUCAGGGGAGCAUUUAUCGCUCCACGGGCUCCGAGUCAGCGGGGGGUGGAGGACGAUCCAUGAGGGCCCGGGUGUCCCAUCAGCCUGGUGGCUCCAAUCCCACCCUGCUGCACUUCACCAGGGGAGAGAUGAUCAGUGUUGUGGUCCAGCAGCAGAAGAACGGCUGGUUGUUCGGCCGUACCGCUGGGAAAAAUCAACGGCAGGGAUGGUUCCCGGCCUCCUAUGUGGAAGAAGUAGAUGACUUUCCUAUGCCAGCGGACUCGGGGUAA